UCCUGAGAACCAUGUGUACUGUCUAGUAAACGGUUAGAAUUGUGGGAACAUAACUGGCCUGGUAUCCGAAAGUUUUACCCGUAACAGAUCUUGUGCGCAUCGUCAAAUCUAAAGAUCGCUAUGGUGGCGAUACCACAGUAGACACUCUAACGUUGUUUAUUUUUUCUAUUUUCAGCAAGCUCCAACCUUACCAAUAAAUAAAGAAGUGUUAACCAGCAUUUUACCAUCAUUUCCACAUAAGCCUGUUGAAGAACCUGCACCUGUGGUGUCUGCCGUAUUAACUGGUCAGUGGAUUAAAAAACAGAGGUUUUCGAAAACGCUCUCGAAAGGGUUUGCCUAAAACCCGGAAUCUGAAAAGCCUACGUCGAACUCCGAAUGACUAUGAAGUUUAGUGAUUUGGGUUAGGAAACUGAGUGAAUCAAGUUUCAGGUCAGUUUGCCCAUUAUAAUGGUCUAAAUGGAAUCUGUUUCACUCAGUUUCCUAACCGUGAUCACUAAACUUCAGAGUCAUUCGGCGUUUUUCCGGAUUCCGGGUUUUAAGGUGAUGUUAGACGAGACGAUUCGCAACGAUGAUUUUUAGCGCAACACAGCGUUACAGCAUUGUUGCGACAUUGUUUCGAGUGGUUGCAACAUUGUUCCAACAUUGCAAUGCUGUGUUGCGCUGAAAAUCGUCGUGUAACAUCACCUUAAAGGUGAUGUUACACGAGACGAUUUGCAACGACGAUUUUUAGCACAACAUAGCCUUGCAAUACUGGAACAAUGUUGUAACCAUUCGAAACAAUGUCGCAACAAUGAUGUUGCAACGCCGUCUUGGGCUAAAAAUCGUCGUUGCGAAUUGUCUCGUGUAACAUCACCUUUAGGCAAACCCCUCUCGAAAGUCAAAUCACCGACUAAGAAUUGCUGAACUAUUUCCCAACCGAUGAAGGCUUUAACCGCCUUUCGCAAGGCGCAAAAUAAAACGAAAUGAGACAAGUAGCGAAAAGAGAAUACGUGACGUCACGUGCAAACCAGCAAUAAUGCUAAAAGGAAUGGCAUCAAGAUCAAUAGAUCUAAUUAGCAAAAAGACAAAUUUGCACGAGCAGCACACUUUUUUUUCUAAUUAGCCGUUGCUUUGCACGACUACAAUUCCGUUUUGUACGACUAAAACGUCAAACGUCCUAGUUACACAUUAUUUUUAUGGCGGAAUUGUCGUAAGUGUUUACCAAACAUUUUGUUUCCUGUGUUCUUGUUCGCUGUUAUUUUUUCGCUGCCGCUCAUUUUCACCUGGCCGCUAACAUUUCUCAUUUUCUCACCGCCGCUAUGAAAUUUUCAUGUUUUUCUUCCAACGAAAUUCGUCUCCCUAGCUCUUUCUCUGUUAUCCACGUGAGUCUUAACAUCAAAAAUAACGUCGAAAAAGAUACGACUUUGUUGUUUUUUUUUCUCUCUCUCUAAAAGUCUGGGCGGCCAUGCGAUUUUCUUCCGUUGCAUUUGGGUUGCCAUACCUGUUGAUUGAGUUAUUUUAUAACACUGAGGGAAAACUAAUUGUGAAGUUCCGAAGAAACGGAAAGACGUACGAGAUGUUUUUUUCAAAAUUAAAGAGAAGGAUGAUGGUGAUUGAAAUUAGCAUAAUUACUCCUUGCACGAGCUGCACGCAUUUAUAAAAUACGUGCGUCAUCUAGUUAUGAAAAACCAUCUGCUGUCUUUUAGUUUUGCCAUGGAUGACAUGAAUGAGAUUUUCCUUCGUGUUUUAGACAGUAUUUAGUUGUUUUUGUUUUGGAAUAACAUCGACAAUGGCGUAAUAUAAUGAAAAUAUAAUUCAGUGGUGGAGUCAUGAAAGUAACCAGAAAAGCCAUUUGAAAGAGAUGUUUGUUUACUCCAACUAUUAGCAACAUUUGCCUCUUGGAGACAGCGUACCAGCACAAAGGAACGAGGAAGAAAAGUGUAAGAAAAUAAAAAUCGGUGACAGCGGCAGUGUCUAAAGGACAAACCACAUCGCAAGCCCUGAACGAAGUCGAAAACAGGCGACAUUUCUAAACAGAGUCCCAGUCCACUGCAUCACACCUUUUUACUCGGACGCGCUCGUUUCACCGUCCAACGUUUAUCCGCCCUUGUCGCUUGGGCGGUGUACGGUCACGUGAUUACCAAAUUUUCGAGGAUGGGUAGAUUUACUUACCCAUUCUUAUAAUCAUAAUAGCCUGCAUAGCUUGCGUUUUUUUGUUUCAUUUAGUUAUCGAUUUUCAUAAUCACUUCUGAAGUGUUUUUUUGGUGUUCUCCGUAGACGAUGCAAAAUUAGAAAAAAAGAAGAAGAAGAAGAGAAAGAAGCGAAAUGCUGCAAUUGUCUCCAUUGAAGAAGGCGAAAACCAAGAAGAUUUAACAAGCGAUCUGAAUGAAUUUCCCAUCAACGACAUCUCGGUAAAAGAGACUAUGAUUUCAUCCAACAACACCUCAGUAAAAGAGACUAUGAAUUUAUCUUCUGAAUGGAAUUCUUCAAGUAUUGGUCACACUCGCUCUUCAUCUUACCCCGGUAACAUUACGGUGGUCUCCGAAGGCUCGGCAGUAAAAUCUUCUCUUGUGAACGGACAAGAAGUUGUAUUUACUGAGAUUACUAAGUCAAUUUCAUUGCCUGAUAACUCUGUUGCCAAGGAAAACAUUGAGUUAGGUAAUUCGACAACGAGUGGAAGUAGAAGUUUUAAAUUUGAAGACUUUUUAGAACGAGAGACUAUAAAAACUGGAUCUGAUACUGAGGGAGAGGGUGUGCAGGAGGCACCCUCAGGGGAGGACAAGGGUAAUUUUGUCUUCGAAGCUGCAGAUCUGUUUUUUAAUCAUCCUAAGGUUGGUUUUGAAGAGGAGAACUCAUUUCAGAUUCAAAGUGACCUAAAGACAUCGUUAAUACCAACCAGUUCAGAAGAAACUAAUGAUUCCGUACGUAUCGCCCAAGGAAGUUCUAUGCUACCCAGUGAAGAUUUGCCUGAAAGGAAGCAUGAGUUUUGUGGUGAAAAUUUUGGGUCAAAAUCUUCAAGUGCAGUAACGUCGGAUUUGUCGAAAGAACAUAAUUUGUCUUACUCAAAACAAAACUAUAACUCUGCCAAUACGCGUAGUUUAGCAGAGAAAGAUAAUGAGAAAUCAAAUUCCUCUCUUGAGCACGCAAAAAUACCUGGUUUAGUAAAGGAAAUAGCUGCCGAUCCGGAGGCAAAAAUUAGAACUAUGCCACCGUACCUCAACAAUGCAACUGAAACCAGUCUUCAAGCUAAUAACGCUGACACAGAGGAACACCAGGAUCGCAGGAAAAGUCCUUUAGAAAUACAAGAUCAGCAGAAAACAUCGGAAUGUAAAGACCUGUAUAAAGACACAAGUAGUUCUUUGGAUUAUUUUGAUUCAGCGCAAAGCCCUGAAGCAGAGCCCAGUGCAAGUGAUAGUAAGUUUGAGCCUGUCAUAUUGUUGGACAGUGGAGAAUCUCUUGUGCCUGUUGCAGAAGGUGAUGUUACGUCUAGGACUGGUACCCAGUCCAUUUCCUACUACGCGCCAGACGUUUCGGGAGAGAACGACCGUGACUCCCUCUCAAGGUUAGAAUUUUAACCGCUGAAUAACACACGAAAUUCGGAUGGGCGGGGGGGGGGUCAUGUAGUAGCUGCUCGGAAGAGAAGUCACCGAUGGUGCGUUUCCCUGACCCCAAACAAUACUAAAACAAUUGGAAGAAUGACAUGUUAUUGUUUCCUGCCUCCAAUUAGGAGAGACCUUUUUUCCGAAUGGGACAAGAAAGACUACUAUACCCUGGGGGGGAUAGCUCUCGAUGAGUCUCUGCAUGGGUGGGGAAGGGAAACGUCACUUUACUAUAAGUUAUGGGCCCUCGUUAUUUCCUUGGGAUUUAUGUUUGCGACUGGGCUGUAGUUCCAUUUUCAAAAUAAGGCCAGAAUACCAGAUGUUUGAAUUGAUGCUGCAAUAGCCUGCGAGGAAGCUCUCUGGGGCGCUCUGGAGGCGGGGAAGGAAAAGCCCAGAAGGAGAGCAAGAAGGAGAGCUUGCAACUGCGUGUCUGGAAUUUAAAUAUCUGCAUCGAAAAAGUCGAUGCGAAAUGCUGAUUGGCGGAGAUUUCAUUAGAAAUGACGUCAUUACCCUUGGCACGUGUUUUUCAAUGUUUGUUGACAUUCGCGCUCGUUUCCGCUUCGCCCUGAUUGGCGGAAAUCUGACAGCUCAGUCGACGGCGCGCCUCAGGGGAUCUAGGGGUGGAAUUGAAGUUUCAGAGACGUAGUUGCAAGCUCUCCUUCCUUUUACCGCCCCGCCGCCAGAGCGGCCCAUAGAGCUUGCUCGCAGGGUAAUACUGCAAUAAAUGUAUGCUUUCAAGAAACAAUUAUGGGACAGAUAGGGAAACGCCCAGUCAAUCCCUUGGGAUAUUUGAAUUUCAUAGUUAUUUCUAGACCAAUUAAACGCUUGAAAUUAAUCAGAAGUUGCUUUCCAGAGAGGUCCAUAAAACUUUCAUUAGGGUUGUCAAGAGUCAUCAUUACAAUAUUCUUUAUUGUUUGUUUUCAGGCAGUCGCGCGGGGAGUUAAUGACGUUUCAAACAUACAUUAAUAUGUGCGCACGUCUCAGAACUUAGACUUCCGGUUAAUAGACCUUUUUACCGAUACGGCGGCGGGCCAUAUUCAAUUAAUUGGAUUUAAGGAGUAUUAUGGGAUGCCUGGGGGGCGUGAGCACGAUCUGAUAUACUCGCACUCUUUUCGAGCCAAUUUUUCUUUAAGUUUUCCUAGAAAAAGAUUGUAAUGGGAAAAAAAGAUCGUUGUGCCGUGUUUGGAUAUAAAAAUGAUCGCCUUUUGCCCGAGAAAUAAACAUGGAAGUUCUCUUUUUGCCCGAAAAGCGCGCGUAAAUAAUGAGCGAGUGCCCUCUGGGCAUCCUAUAAUACUCUGCUUAAAUCUAAUAAAUUCAAUAUGGCCGCCGUAUCGGUAAAAAGGUUUCUUACAACCUCUAAAAAUAACUUUAGCGAAAUUUACACAUCGCGGCCAACGAUUUAAGAUUUCAUGUCUCGUUAUUCUGUCUUGAGACUUUACAACACCACAAUUUGAAAAAGUCGCUACCGUUUGAGGAGAAUAUGAUUAAACAGCUGGUUUUGUAAUUAUCUUACAGCCCUAGCUGGUCUUUUGUUGAAGACUCCGAGGGACUCAUUGAAAUCAGAAGCGAGCCUCUUUUGAAUAGCAAUGGCAGCUCUGUUGCCAUGGCAUCAGAUGCCUCAACUGCUGCUGCGCUGGCGGCUUGCUCUGAUGCCCAGAGAGGAAUGGACAAUAUGGCCAGGUAACUAAUUUUCUUUACCGUACAUUAUUUGUAAUUGCAAUUAGGAGAGUUAUGGAUGGAACCGUUGGUAACAGUAUGGUUGUUGUUGUUUGUUUACUUAGUGGCCUUAUUACGAUGGGAGCGACCAUGACCGGAGAUCAAAAUGUGCGGGUGAGUUGACUUCAUAUCGUGUGCUGCUUAUCACCUUAGGACCUGUUUACAUGGAGGUGGGGGACCCCAGGUAUGUGAGGUAACCCGCUUAGGUGGGGUAACCCGCCUGUCCAUAUAAUCUCUCAUUUUAAUUUGAUCACGUUUACAUGAGGGUUACCUCACCUACCUGGGGUCCCACACCUCCAUGUAAUCAGGCCCUUAGAAUACCGACACAUACGUUUCAUGAAUAGAUAAAAUGAAUAAGUAUUUAUCAACUAAUUUAUUUGUUAGUUUGUUUAUUUAUUUAAUAGCAAUUUAUUGGUUACCACAUCUACGAAGUAGUUCUUCGUUUACCAUUCCUGGGGCCCGUUUCUCAAAAGUCCCGAUAAUUAACGGGCCCGGAAAGCUGUUAAUGUUGCAAUCAAUAUAGGGGCCUCGAUAGUUUUGCAGGUAACAUCAUACAACUAUCAGUUAACUGGGUUAGCUAGGACCGGCGCUUCAAUUCCUGGGAUUUGAUUUAAAUAUUUGAUAGUUACCGUGAAUUUCGAGAAACGGGCCCCUGAUCGAAUUAGAAUUUUGGAAAUUUUUUGUUUUUGAGGAGAGUUGAAAACCGGAGUACCCGGAGAAAGCAAGUACCACGACCAAGAGCAAACUCAAGCCACAUAAGACACAUAAGGCUGAUAUGGGGUCGCCUCCGGGAUUCGUUUACAAGUCUUGUGGUGAUAAAACUUGUAGUCCCUUUUUGGACAACUUAUAAACGAAACGGGAAAGACCCUUAUUAUCCCUUGGAGGGCGGCGUUUCAGCAAAACUAACAUGAAGUAGUGUUUAGUCACAGCAUCAUGUAGAUGAUACUUGAAGGAAGGUUAAUAAUAAGUUGACCGAUAAGUUUGACAUAAUGAACCUCGCCAUAUGCUGGGGUAAAGCUUUAAAGAAACUGAUACUGCAUCGGUUGGGAUGUAAUUCGCCAAAAUUUGCCAGGUUUUUCAUCUUUUUUAAACCAUGGAAAGCCGGCAAACAUCAAAGAUGACUUAAAAGAGCGGUGUUUAUAUGAGAAGUUCUCUGACAGUGCACAAUCCUUUGUUUUUUUGUUUACAAAUUUGAAAGACGCGAGCAGUCUUCUUUUUGCUUCAAAGUCGCUGGAGUAAGACGCGCGAGCCGCUAGAAACGAGGGAGCUAAGCCCGAGGAGGAAGAACAAAAAUUUUUCUAAUCUCGCCCCAGUCUCUUUCGCGCUCACUGUCUAAGAACUUUACAGAUCUAAGAGAAAAGUGGACGUAAGCAGUCCAUUAAAACAUUUCUAUUGGUCACUUGGUUCUAAAUGAUAGGAGUGCUAUUGAACGUUGUGCACGGCUAAGUCCAAAUAAGCUAACAAAAUCAUCUAACAAAGACGUCCAUUGGGCUUCAAAACCAUUGCACUGUAUUAACCAUGUUUAACUGUAAAGUGAUUCAAAAGGUAACUCUUUGAGCGCUGAUCUGUUAGAGCGAAUGACAUAUUUUAUCGCUCGAAAGUUCAGCUUCUCAAUAUCUCUACAGCGGCCAAUUUAUUUUACCAACUCAGUUCGGCGACAAGACUAACUUUUUGCUAUAUAUUGGGGGCUUAGCGUUGUGUUUUGAAUUUUUGCAGAGAGAUGACCACAAGAGGCACGACGGCAUGACUUCAGGUAAAUUAUGCCCAACUCCUAACUGACAUUUCCGGUUUUUUGGAUUAAGAAAGUCUAAAACAAUUUUCUUUAUGACCAAAAUAUAAUUUAUAUUCGAUAUAAAAAUGGGCAGCUUGAGUUAGCCUAACGCUAAUUUUAGUCUCACUCUCUACUUUUCCCCAGUCCUACUUACAUCGUAGCUCAACGUAGCUUUGGAAGCGUCGCACAGGAACUAUUAAGAACGGCGUGCUCAGCCAAAAACAGUAGAAACCCGCGAGUAAGAACCUGCAUUUUCCCAAGUUAGCCUAAACAGAUUCUUACAUAAGAAAUAAUUAGCACAAAUUUAUGCUAUUUAGGUUCUUAAAUAGAUUCUUAUUUUCCGAGGAAAAAAUGCUUUAUAGCUAAGAGUAUAAAUUAGUGGUAUUUAGCCUAUUCAUUUUAUAUAAAAUGUGCAUACUAUUACAUUGCACUUGGAGUGAUAAGGCACCUUUGUCUUCAAAGAGGAUCCUGAAUGCUGACUUAUCUCAUUUACCCAAUUUUUUAAAUAGAUUUUAGAAAGUAAUAACCUCUUUCAAAUUUUAAGCUAUACAGGUUCUUGUAUCGAGGGGCCUUACAGGUAGAUUUUAGUCUAACAGGUUCUUAGUCACGGGUUUUUACUGUAUGCUCUUUCACAGGAGACAAGACUGGCCCGAUCCUUUGCAUGUUGAAACCGGUUUCUCAUCCCAUGCCCAUAUUGGACUUUGCGCUCUUUAAUGUUUAUAAGUCAAUGAUAACAAUAAUUAUGUAAUUUUUUUUCCAAAGCUGAACUCAAGCAAGCCAUGGUGUCAAUGAUGCUCAGGAAAGACGAAAUUGAAGAACAAAACAGGUUUGUUUACUCAUGGAGAAACGCCUGCCUGACACGAGUGAAGCUGGAGCUCGCGAUUUAACUGGCCAGAUGUAAUAGUCGGCCUUGUGCUUAAAAUAUGCUGUGUUUCGUUUUCACACGGCACAACACGAACGCAAGCACAAGCCCAGCCGGGUGCAAAGAAAGUCAGUUUUACGGCUUCCCAUUCGGGUAAGCUCUAGCUAGCAUGUACUAGCCCAAGAUGUCAUUUUAACUAGCCCGAAACAUUUUGUGAAGAGCAGGAUUGAUUAGAUCUCUUCUGUAAUUUGAAUUCCCCAAAAACUUCACUUGCCUAUUGGGCAAGUUAAGAACAGAUUUCACUCCCCUGUUAGCAAAAUCCACUAGCCUCAGGCUAUCAGACACGACUUUCUAUGUACACUGUCCGGUCACAAGGAAAGACGAAAUAUUGAUAGUUGUGCAUGUGAUUGCGUUCAGAGCGUUUUUACAGUGAAAUAAGCGCCCUUAUCCUUGCGUCUCCUCAUUCAAUUAUUGAAUGAGGUUGAGUAUCAUCUGAAGAAUUAUGGAGAUCGAGGUAACCUGAGAUCAGGCUCUAUUCUCGUUUUGCUUUGACCGUUAGAGAGAAUGUAUGAGAACCGCUAAAAUUGGGCCUGAUCUCAGGUUAAGAUCGAGGAGGGUGUCGAGAGGUCGACUUGUAGCAAGUCUAGCUACACAGGAAUGUUCAGUCCAGCAGGUAUUCUUUGAGCUGAGUUGUAUUUUUGCUGUUCUUGUUAUUUUUGUGCCAGUAGUUCGGCUAUUUUUUUUUUUUUUCGCAAAACGUGUUCUCCAACUUUAUCAAAACAACUUAGCUAUCGCAAUCUCGUCCCCAGGGCGAUAGCCAUCACUGUUGACGUCAUUUUGCAGGAUAUCGCAAACGUCUUCUAAAUAAUGCUUAACGUUAGCUGGUUAUGAAGAAUUAUCCUAGUGAUUUGAGGCAAUCUAUCUUGCGAGCAGACUGAGGCUACAUUUUCGCGGCAUGAGCUGGGGUGCGCACGCCAGCUUAUCAAGCGAAAAUACAGCCUUUGCUCGCAGGGUACGGAGCCAAUCAGAAACGGAGGAAGGUUUUGAAUGAAUAAUAAACCACGUUAAUUGUUGCUUUUAGUUACUCUGCUUAAAUUUUCCGUAGGAAAUUGCAGAGUCGUUUGGAUGAAGAAUGCCAGAAAUCUCAGCAGCUUGACUCUGAGAAUGAAAAGCUUCGAGAGGAGAUUAAACAACAAGAAAACUUCAGCGCAGCCAAGAUAGCGUCUCUUUCAAGGUGUGAAGGAAUAUCCAGAAGGUGUAAAAUGUAGACGGCUACGCCGUAAAAAUUGUCUCAACUUGACCAAGUUGACUGGAUUAUCUGGGAUGUUGAUUUUUGAAGAAGAAAGCUUUGAAUGUUACAAAGAGAAAGGAAAGACAGCCUUCUUCUCUUCCUUUUUCUACAAAACUUUUUAGCUGACUUUUUUGUUUUUGGAAGGGACGCAAGAGAAAUGUUCCCAACUACCCCGUUAAAUCCCACGUUUUAAUGUAUUGGUCGUGGUUGUAUGCACUGUGGAAAAAACAAUUUGUUUGUUCGUUUGUUUGUUUUCCCCUGUACCCGCUGCGUGCUGAGUGUCUGGAAAUCUCAUAACCACUCUUCUGGUUGUAUUGGCUAUUAAUUUUCAUGGCGAGACUAAAUUUUACUUCUCCCGACAUAAAAGGCGAGAAAGAAUCAUUGCCAUUGGAGCCAUUAUUUGCUUAUUAGCUCAUUGUUUUUGCCUCGUUCUUUGCUACCUUAGCCUCCCUUGCAAACGUUCUUAGGGCUUCGUCACGCGUCUGCGAAGUCAAAAGGACGUCAGCGUGGGAGGCUAUUUCGAACGUUGCAAUCGUGGUCGCUUAAAGGCUUUAUAUAAGUUUUAAAAGGUUUCAUGUGACUGAUUUGCAGAGAAAACGAGCUCUUGAAGCAUCAGCUGAAGAAAUACGUUGGAGCAGUACAGGCGCUGAGGAGUGAUCUACAAGGAAACAAGUCAGCUGUAACAGCGGAAGGUAAGGGUGUGGUCUUGUUUUAGGGGUACUAUUCUCGUUCUUCAAGGAGCAGAAUCAGCGAGAUUUACUACUACUACUACCAAUACCACUACCACUACCACCACCACCACCACCACCACCACCACCACCACUACCACUACCACUACCACUACCACUACCACUACCACUACCACUACCACUACCACUAUCACUACCACUACCACUUUUUGGUUACUUGAGAAAAAUUGCUCUGAAACCAUUAUGGUUUGCCCUCAUGUCAAAACAUAAACUGAUCUCUAUCUCUUGUUAAAUACAUUAAUUGUUAAGGGGACCGGUUGAGGGUAAAUUCAUGGCAUCACUGGAUUAUCGCCUUAGAUAUAGUCUUCUCCUUGCAGUUUUGUCUGGAAUAAGGCAAGAAGAAAUUCUACCUCCUUUGCCACCAGAGCAAGCGACAGAGCAUUCGAGGCAAGUUUUUUAUUUGUUCGCUGUUUUUAAUAUGGUAGCAAUCAACUUAGUUCUAAUUAAAAGGAACAAUCUUUGACUAAACAUCAUUGUUUUACUUUUAAUUGCAGCGAAGAGGCAGAAGAAUACAAAAGGAAGUUAAUUCAGGUAAUAAUGGUGAAAAAGUGAAAUGUGACUUCAUUUACUAUCGAUUACUCAUGCGUUAAUCGUCCCAGAUGUUUAGGAGACAGCUGUGCCUUGCGCAUCUGAGGUCAAGUACGAUGAAGCAUGCACGGGGGUGAGAGAGCGUUCAGUCAACAAAAAGUGCGGCAUAAAAAGCGCGCGAAAACGACCAAAUGUACUCAAUCGUUAGUAGCCUGCAUGGCAGGUGCAAAAAAGGGAGGGGGAGGGGGAGGGGGGAGGGGAGAAAAGCGCGAUCCCUACCCGUUUCGACGGCUGCUACGCAGGCUAUGCAGACAGUUGAAAGCAGGGCGGUUUAUCUGCUCUGGUUGAAAGGCGUUCCAAACGCGGGAGACUAAACAACUAUCAAAAGAGCGAAAAGAAACUUCACCUAUCACCGAGGUUUCUUAGCACUUUCUUCUGUUUUAUAUGGAAGGUUGCGGAUUUACAUGGUGAACUACUGGAAUUCAACGAAAGGCUACACAAACAAGUUAGUUAUUAUCAGUUUCAAGUGAGAAGACUGCGAGAAGAACUCGUUAAUCUCAGAGGACCGGUAAGUUUAGGCAAUUCUCUUAGAGUAGGAGCGAAAUUUUAUGAAUCACAAUAUGAUCCAUACUGAACAUUUCGCUCCUACUGUUAUAAGAACUUGGAUUUUUUUUAGCAACCAGUCAGUGUCUAAAAAUUCAUUUCAGAAUCGCGUUGACAAAUUGGAACCAAUCAGUUCCAUUUGCCGAAAACUGAACGGCCGCGAAACCAUGAAACUGGUAUCAAAGAUAGGUUUUGAACAAGAAUUUCCGUUUGGAACAUCCCUUCCGGAAAAAAAAAACAGAACUGCCUUUUCAGAUGUUCCGUUGCUCCCGGAAAUUUUCCACUGGAGACUCGUGUACCAUUUGCAUCCCGACUGGAAUUAACAGAAUGUAUUGGUAAUUGGAGAGCACCCACGUUGACACUGACGGGUUACUUUACACUGCGUUUAACUUACGAGGUUUUGUUGCCCACAUGCUUCAUCGUUCAUCUAUUUAUCUAUAUUUUCGAUUUCUUUCCCAGCUUCCAGAAGAUACAGAAAGUCUUAGUGAUUCAACAAGCCUUGCGGACUUUGACCCCACAGUCAUGUCAAUCGGUACCAGACCCCUAGUGAACGUAUGGAUACCAUCUGUAUUUUUGCGUGGUCGCUCAUCAAAUGUACAUCACGUGUAUCAGGUACGACGGGGCUCUUAUGCGAAUUUUAUUUUGUUGCUUUUUAUAACGCAACCGCAAAGAAAAGAUUGUUGAUUCAGAGUGUUGAGCUCAAAUGAAAUUCUUAGGGAAAUUCGUAGGGAUAAUGAAAUAAGUACAAUGCGUUGUCCUAAUAUUAGGCAAAUUAAGUCAAGUUUUAAUAUAGUCUGCGUGAUGGGAGAAAACAGGAGAUUUAUUUCCAACUUGCACUGUCAUUUUUGGUUGCUAAUUCCAUACGCAAAUGACCGUUGGCUCUCGUUAAGUUCAAUUAGCUUUUAAGCAAUCAGUUGUUUUGUUUGAACAUCAGCUUGCAACAGUUCUGACAGUUUACUGUUGCCGUGUGACAACAAUGUUGCCCGCUGAAAAGCUUUGUGGAGGAUGAAAGUUUCUUUGUUAGAUGUCAUGUGACCCACAAGUAACUAGAGCGCGCUGUUUGGAAACUGAAAAAAGGUAGCUAUGUAACAAUGUCAGUUUUGUAUCAUUAACAUUACUGUAACUUUUCUUUGAAUUCCUGCAGGUGUACGUAAGAAUAAAGGACGACGAGUGGAACAUUUAUCGAAGAUAUUCGCAGUUUUUUGAAAUGCAUAAAAAUGUAAGUGUGACCCAGAACGAGUUGUAAAAGGUCAGUAAUACAAAUCCAUAGGCACAACUUUAAAGUUAAUUGGAAAUCGUCACGGGAAGGCGAAGAUCAUGCGCGGGAAGGUCACAAAUUCUUAACUCUUACCCGUCUUCCCCGUCUACAAUUUUCAGUUGGAUACUGCGUUUUUGUUUCGUCACGCAAUGCUCUUCCUUAAGAAGGAGAAGAAGGAGGAGCGUUGCGUGACCGAGUGUUUUUAUUUGUAUGGUUGGAUUUCUGUAAGUUAUUGUUUUUCUUUAUCGCUGUUGAUUGUGACAUUUAUUCUUUGUGAUAUUUUUUGUAGUUACGGAGAAAAUCCCAAGUAGUAGAAAGCUUUAAAUUUCCACCAAAGAAGACGCUUGGUAACAAAGUAAGUACAAGUAUACGUGUGGACAGGGCCUCGAGUCACAUUAACGGCGAACGGCAAACAACAGACUCAUUUGAGAAUUUCUCAAAAUAGAAAAUGAGCAGAUAAAAAUAGUGUAAAACAAUUCCUAUAGAUGAAAAUAACGUAAAACUACUUACAGGGUUCGUACAGGGUCUUGAAUUCUUGAAAUAGUCUUGAGAUUUGACCAGCAACUUUCCAGACUUGGAAAAAGUCUGGAAGAUAGAGAUAAAUUACGGAGAAAAUGAAAAAAGUCUUAAGUUGUUGUUGUUUUUUUUAAAGCUUCAAGAAGCGCUUUAUAAGAGAACUUGUUUUCGUUUUGGUCAAAUCUUAUUCAACCUCGCCCGUAUGUUUGCAGUGCACCACAAGAAAAGCUUUGUAUCUGCGUUUUUUAAGGUUACUGUUGAUCACCUAUUUGUUAAACCUUGAGUCUAGAAAAAGAAGUUACUUUUUGGGAAAAAGUCUGGAAUAAGUGUUGAAUUUUGGAUCUAAAAAGUUGUACGAACCCUGUACUUAUUUUUUGUAGAAGUGAAGAAUAGUUUUAAGACAAGUAAAGGGAAAAUAUGAUCACGGAAUACAAAUACACGUUCACCGUUUACCGUUUGCCGUUUACCGUAAGCGUGACUCUAAAUCUCUCUAUGUUUAUGGAGGUGGGUCUUUUUCUCAGAGAUUUUGAUGCUGGCCGUAACCUUACAGUUGGUUUCAAAAUCAUCUCUCACACUCUAGGAUUCAGAACCAUUAAUUAGGGCGGGGGGACAUCUUCCUAGAGAUUGUCUCAGUUUUGUUACUGGGAGGUGGAAAAAAACGAAUGCACCAGGCCAAGUAAUGGAGGUGAAAAAUAUCUCUUUUUUCUUACAGGACUCUCGAUUCGUGGAAGACCGCAGAAGACUUUUGCAGGAUUAUUUAAGAAGAGUAGUGAAUUUGUACGUAACGGAAGAUCGGGAAUUACGUGAAAACACCUCAAAAGCAGUGCUUCUACAAAUUAUCCCGUUCUUUGCGUAAGUAGGCGAACUGAUUAAAUGCUUUUGGAGCCUUGACUUUUCUGUUUUGUGUGGCCUGUUUUUAACUUCAAUGAAUUUAUAGUUUAUUUUUUUUAUUUUUCUUUUGCUCACGCAGUGAACCGUUUCCACCACAAAAAGUCAAGAAGGAAUCUUCUAGAAGACGUUCACUGAAUUACACUGGUCUGUGAAACAAGAUGAAUAGCGUUUGAAUCUUCGUCAUGAAUUUGACAGGGCUGGGUCACGGCACGGCUACGUGGAAGGCAUUUAAAUGGGCAGGGAACCGUGGGGAAUCAACCCAAGCCGCAUGAGAAAGGCUAUGUCUGUCUGUCUGUCCUUACUAGCUUUUACUCCUGCAUAUUUACUUCCGUCUCAGUGGCUUCCAGUGCUCGCGUCUAUUUAUUCACUUCCGCUGUUACAGUGAUAUGGGCAUCCCCGCGUUUUGGGCAUCUCCAUUCCCAAAACCCUGGUGAUAUGGGUAUCCCCUUCUCAUAUUACCUUAGCGAUUUGGGUUAGGGUUAGUGUUAGUGUUAGGGUUACAGGGGAUGCCCAUAUCACUAGGGUUUUGGGAAUGAGGAAUGACAAUAUCACUGUGACACCGCUAAGGUUGGAAUAUGGCACAGAACCUAUCCUAUUUAUGACACUCCACUUUCGAGACCGGCGCGCUGCAGCUUUGCCCGAUUACAGAAAUCGCGCCGGAGUCAGCGUUCGUAUGAAGCUGUAGGUGGUAUUGUUUCCGUGUCGACGCAAGAGUUAACUGGUAUGGUGUUUACCUAGCUGAAAUUAAGUACGCGCGUGUGACGGGCUUUCCCCCAUUCUCGCGCGCUUAUCGAGUUCUGGUGCGCCUUAAGUUCCCUUCCCCUUGAAAAGGGCCAGCCCCGCAACUUCGUUCCCAGGGUCCUCUGUUACUCGUUUCCCGGACCCUGGGAACGAGGUUGACCUACCACCCAUCCCCAGGCUAUUAGGUCAGAAGUACUUUAUUGACGAAAUCAGAGCAACGGUGAACUCCGAGACUGAAACCAAACUGUUGUGCAUACAAAUGAAGGUGGAUCUAUGUUUUGCAAUCGCCUAUAAUCUUCUCCAAUUUCACUCGUUUUUCUUGCCUCCCUUGUCUUUUUUAUUUGUAUCAUAAUUGCAUUUGUAUUCUCUUACACUUUUUAAGAGAUUAUUUUAAAUACUUAGGUAAUUAUCAGUAUGGCCCGGUAGUUUGGGAGGAAAGUGCAUAAAAUGCGUCACUAGCUAAGAAAUAAUUUAGAAAAGGACCAGUUAGAAGCCUGGUACUACAUUCGUAUUCACAAUCCUUUUUAUGAAGUCCAACAGUGUUUUGAAACUUUUACAAACAAGAUUUUUAAUAGCCCCAUUUUGAUGUGAAUAUCAAAAUUGUCUAGUAUGUGAAAUCCUUAUCUAACACUGUCUCUUCAUGACCGAGUUUUAUUCAACAUGUUUGGUUGUGUUCUUUCACGUUGUUAUAAAUGGCUACUGUUCUUUCGGAUUUGAAAAUAAUAUAUACGAAUAACCUUAUGAACAAAAUUAUUUGUCAUAUUAACAGGGAAAUGUAAAGCAAAUGCACAGUUGUUUAAGAAGGCAUUCAAUUAAUAUUUUACCGCUGUAAUAGUCAAUCUUAUUAUUCAAAACAUGAAAAAUACCUAAUAAAUAAUAAUACCAAAUAAAUACCUAAUGAAUAAUACCUAAAUACCGUAUUUAUUCGAAUAAGCGCCCAACCUCGAAUUAGCGCCCACCUCGAAUAAGCGCCCAUCUUAAAGGCAGAAAAAGUUAAUAAGCGCCCAACCUCGAAUAAGCGCCCACCCCCUCCUCCUCCCAAUCAAACUCAAAUAAGCGUUCACCCCCACCCCACUCACUUGAGUGAAUAAAUUCUAAUCAGAGACUUCCCCGAGGACGGAGUUUUCUUCAGAGUAUUUUAUAGAAACCUUGCUUUGUUACUUCUUCGCGUUUUGUUAGUGGCAUUUAUUGUUUUGUUGCAAAAUAAACAUACUUCACUUGCUGAAAAUGGUGAAAAUUUAAUAAGCGCCCAGCCUCGAACAAGCGCCCACCUCGAAUAAGCGCCCACUCUCAAGGUCCAAAAAUUUAAUAAGCGCCCAGGGCGGUUAAUCGAAUAAAUACGGUACCUAAACUUAAGUGGUUCAAAAUUGUUGUGUAACAGCCCACGUUCGAUAUAUUAAAAUUCUAACAUGACUCCGAGGCUUUUUGGUCAAUUUUCUAUUAGCCUGAGUAUCAGGCCUUCCUAAGGGGCUAGGGG